UCGUCCACUAUAGCUGAAAUAGAAGAUGUAAUGCCAGUCUACUACCAGUGAGGCCGCUGUGUUUGUAUGACACGGUCCUUCUAAUCAAAGAUACAUGCUGUAGUUCUCGAAAAUAGCCGUAUCCGCCAUGUUUAAAGAGGGCAAAUCUAAGUGACAGAUCGCACACGCACCAAUAACAAAUAUGGCCACAGACAGAACGUAACAUUGACUGAACGUAACAUUGCGGACAGACGUAACGUUACGUCCCCCUUCCAGCCAAUAGCAACAUUACUAUCCCAAGUGACGUCCAGUGUUGUGAUGACGUCAGAACGGCGGUAACGGGGAAAGCAUUGAAGUGUGUGUCAGUGAGUGUGUGAGCCGGGUCGCUCCGGAGUCUUCUCCUCGGCCUGCUCGUCAUUUAUGGGCAGCCUCUUCUGUAAGCAGCGCCGCGGCCCCACACCAGCUCGAGCCCAGCGGAGGAAGAAGAAGCUGCAGCAUUCGCGCCGGGACUGCCUGCUCCGUGCCCCCUGCAUGCUGUGCUUCUUAGUGCGGGAGCCUGCAGUCAGCGAGCCGGUGCCCCCUGCCCCACGUGCCCAGGACUGUGCCCACCUAUUGCUGCUCAACAACUGGCCGGAGCGGACCUGUACUGUCCUGCGCCCGGGGCUCACCCGCACCGCCGCCUCCCUGGAGACAGACAUGGUGUGUAAGCGGAAGAACAGCGGGGACAGCCAGCAGCCCGGCACCCCCUGCAAGCAGCCCCGGUGUGCCCCUGAGGGACAGCAGUCACCUCCAGGAGGGCAGGGGCACCGCAGCACCCAGGAACACACCCCUCCAUGUGCUGGAGAUCAGGGGCACCACAGCACCCAGGAACACACCCCUCCAUGUGCUGGAGAUCAGGGGCACCACAGCACCCAGGAACACCACCCUCCAUGUGCAGGAGAUCAGGGGCACCACAGCACCCAGAAACACACCCCUCCAUGUGCAGGAGAUCAGGGGCACCACAGCACCCAGAAACACACCCCUCCAUGUGCUGGAGAUCAGGGGCACCACAGCACCCAGGAACACACCCCUCCAUGUGCUGGAGAUCAGGGGCACCACAGCACCCAGGAAUACACCCCUCCAUGUGCUGGAGAUCAGGGGCACCACAGCACCCAGAAACACACCCCUCCAUGUGCAGGAGAUCAGGGGCACCACAGCACCCAGAAACACACCCCUCCAUGUGCAGGAGAUCAGGGGCACCACAGCACCCAGGAACACACCCCUCCAUGUGCUGGAGAUCAGGGGCACCACAGCACCCAGGAACACACCCCUCCAUGUGCUGGAGAUCAGGGGCACCACAGCACCCAGGAAUACACCCCUCCAUGUGCUGGAGAUCAGGGGCACCACAGCACCCAGGAACACACCCCUCCAUGUGCUGGAGAUCAGGGGCACCACAGCACCCAGGAAUACACACCUCCAUGUGCAGGAGCUCAGGGGCACCACAUGUCCCAAGAGAAUACCCCUCCAUGUACAGGUGAUAAAGGGCACCACAUCCCUUCAUAUGCUGGAGCACCCCUUAAUCCUGCACUGUUUUGUGCAGAGGAGCCGGCACAACAGACAGCACUGGAAUACACUGAGAAGGAUGGAAUGCCCCCACUAGAGGAGCAUUGUGGGGUAGAGCCCAACAGCCUGACCCACUCUACUUCUCCUCGCCUUGGCACCUCUUCCCAGUCGCUGCAGACUGUCAGGGAUGCUGAUCCUGACACUCCCAGGAUGGAGGACGAGCCCCUGAAUAUUAACCAGCUGCCUCCAUCCUUGUUGCUGAAGAUUUUUUCUCACCUAUCAUUCAAUGAGCGUUGCCUUUGUGUAUCUCUGGUCUGUAAAUAUUGGCAGGACCUCUGCUUAGACUUUCAGUUCUGGAAACAGCUGGACCUCAGCAGUCAUUGCCAGAUAAAAGAUGACAUAUUAGAAAGAAUAGCUUCCAGGUUUUGGAACAUACUAGAACUCAACAUUUCUGACUGUCUAAAUUUGACUGAUGUUGGGAUUGGGAUGGUGGCAGCCAAAUGGUCGGGCCUGUUGAAAUACACUGCCUACCGGUGUAAGCAGCUGUCUGACUCUUCGCUCAUCUCUCUAGCCACGCAUUGUACAUCUCUACAAAAAGUUCACGUUGGAAACCAGGACCGGCUCACUGAUGAAGCAAUCAAACAGUUGGGUUCCAGGUGCAAGGAUUUGAGAGAUAUUCAUUUUGGGCAGUGUUACAAGAUCUCUGAUGAUGGAAUGAUCAUUAUAGCCAAUGGUUGUCCCAAGCUUAAGAAAAUAUACAUGCAAGAAAACAAAUUAGUAAAAAGAAGUCUAAAACAUCAGUACACCUUUCACUCUUUUAUCCUCAUCAAGGUGUCUGACAAGUCUGUGGAAGCAUUUGCAGAACACUGUCCAGAGCUGGAAUAUGUUGGCUUCAUGGGCUGCUCUGUUACAUCUAGGGGAGUUAUUCGCCUUACCAAUCUUAAAAAUCUUUCCAGCCUUGACUUAAGGCACAUCAAUGAGCUGGAUAAUGAGACUGUGAUGGAGAUUGUGAAGAAGUGCCAGAACCUCACAUCCCUGAAUCUCUGCCUAAAUAGGAAUAUUGAUGACAGAUGUGUAGAAGUUAUUGCAAAGGAAGGCCGAAGCCUGAAAGAGCUCUACUUAGUAACGUGCAAGAUCACAGAUCACGCUUUGAUAGCCAUCGGUCGAUACAGCACUACUAUAGAAACCGUGGAUGUGGGAUGGUGUAAAGAGAUUACAGACCAAGGAGCUACAUUGAUUGCACAGAGCAGCAAAUCUAUCAGAUAUCUGGGCCUGAUGAGAUGUGAUCAGGUUAAUGAAGCUACCGUGGAGCAGCUGGUCCAACAGUAUCCCCACAUCACAUUCAGUACUGUACUUCAGGACUGUAAGAGAACAUUGGAACGGGCUUAUCAGAUGGGAUGGACACCAAAUGCAUCCUCCAUGUCAUAAUUCAGUGGAAAACAAAUAGUUUAUUACGCAGUUGUCAUGGAAAGUGCUGAUGAUGGAUAUUUUGUACCCAGAAAAGUCUAUAAAGCGUUUUAUUUCCAGUCUCCACCGUAACUGAACCAUGGCACUGCUUCUGGGUGGCUUGUAAACAAUGUUUUUGGAGUCUUUCCAUUUUGUGAGAAGUAUAUUUGACAAGGUGUUUGGCUCCUGAGAAAUUGGCUCUGAUUGGUUGCUGUUAGUAUGGAUUGAUAUAAUUUGUGUGAAAAGUAACAUGUUGAGAUAUUGUGUUAUAAGAGCAUGCCAUUUCUAGUACUAUCAAAUUCUCACUUUUCCAUAUUAGUUCUAGAGAAGUGAACAUUAUGUAUUAUGAACUAGAUCUGGCUGAUAGUUUUCUCUCUCUUAUGUUUUGUUUUCUAUGAAGCAUCUGUAAUGACUUUAUUGGAGAUUUUGAGCUCUAAAAUCUGCUGCUGAAUAGCCUUUUAUACUUAAGCCUUUAUUUUAUAAAACUUAGACUUUGCAAUUAGUUUGACAUUUCCUUCAUUUAGAGUUACUAUCCAUCUCUCUUUUCCCAUUGUUUCCCCUUA